CACGCGUGGGAGCAGCGGUCGGUCACCAUGGCGACGACGUUGGCGGCCAUGGCCCUGCGGGGCGCGGUUGGCCCGAGGCUGCGGAGCCCCCGAGACGCACGCAGGCUGAGCGGCAGCGCGCGGCGGGGAGCGGCGGGGGCCACGAGCCCUGGGCGAAGGCUUAGCACGGCGAGGGCGUGCACGCGGACCCCGCGGGAGGAGCCCGAGGCCCCGGAGGAGCGCGCGCCGCUGCGCCCUACUCGCCCGCCGCUGCGCCCUACUCGCCCGCCGCUGCAGUCGCCCGAGGACCCCGCGGCGCCCCCCGCCGGCCGCUCGCUGGUGCAGCGCGACAUCCAGGCCUUCCUGAGCCAGUGUGGGGCCAGCCCAGGGGAGGCGCGCCAGUGGCUCUCGCGCUUCCAGAGGAGCCACCCCGCAGGCGACCGGCCCUUCGCAGUCAUCGAGGUGGAGGGCGCGGUGCUCGGCUGCGCGCGCGCCGUGUCCAGCCUGGCCUUCGCGCUGGCCUUCCUGCAGCGCAUGGACAUGCGGCCGCUCGUGGUACUGGGGCUGCCGGCGCCCACGGCGCCCUCGGGCUGCCUGUCCUUCUGGGACGCCAAGGCGCAGCUGGCGCGCAGCUGCAAGGCGCUGGCGGACGCGCUGCGGGACAACGCGGCUGCUGCAGUGCCCUUCUUCGGCGGCGGCUCGGUGCUGAGUGCGGCCGAGCCAGCCCCGCAUGCCAGCUACGGCGGCCUCGUGGCGGUGGAGACCGACCUGCUGCGGUGGUGCCUGGAGGCGGGCAGCAUCCCGAUCCUGUGCCCCGUGGGCGAGACGGCCGCGCGCCGCGCCGUGCUGCUCGACUCGCUGGAGGUGGCGGCUGCGCUGGCCAAGGCUCUGCAGCCCACGAAGACCAUCUUCCUGAACGCGCAGGGCGGGCUGCGCGACGCAAGCCAGCAGGUGCUGAGCAACGUGAACCUGCCGGCCGACCUGGACCUGGUGAGCAGCGCCGAGUGGGCCAGCCCGCGCGAGCGGCGCCAGGUGCGGCUCAUCGUGGACGUGCUCAGCCGCCUGCCACACCACUGCUCCGCGGUGGUCACCGCUGCGACCACGCUGCUCACGGAGCUCUUCAGCAACAAGGGCUCCGGGACCCUGUUCCAGAACGCCGAGCGGAUGCUGCGCGUGCGCAGCCUGGACAGCCUAGACCAGGCCCGGCUGGUGACCCUGGUCAACGCCAGCUUCGGCAAGAGGCUCCGCGACGACUACUUGGAGUCGCUGCGCCGGCGGCUGCACUCGGUCUACGUCUCGGAGGGGUACAACACCGCCGCCAUCCUGACGGUGGAGCCGGUGCUGGGCGGCACGCCCUACCUGGACAAGUUCGUGGUGAGCGCCAGCCGCCAGGGCCAGGGCUCCGGCGAGAUGCUGUGGGAGUGCCUGCGGCGGGACCUGCAGACGCUGUUCUGGCGCUCGCGGGUCACCAACCCCAUCAACCCCUGGUACUUCAAGCACAGCGACGGCAGCUUCUCCAACAAGCAAUGGAUUUUCUUCUGGUUCGGCCUGGCCGACAUCCGGGAGUCCUACGAACUGGUCAACCACGCCAAGGGGCUGCCGGACUCCUUCUGCAAGCCAGCCUCGGACCCGGGCAGCUGACCUCGCCGGCCCAUGGGCCUCUGACCGAGGCCAGGCUGGACCAGAAACCACAGUGCCCUGUGGAGCUUGCUGGCUGAGCCCCACCAAGAGAGCCGGAAGUGGGACAAGCCCAGGAGUGCCCGACCAAGGCCCGGCCUGCACCCCGGCCUGGCCAGCAUCAGAGGCCUGAGCUGGACGUGGCCAGUUUGCCCAGAGCACCUCCUCCCUGCUGCCCACCCCCCACUUUCAAUCCCGGGGUCUUGCAGUCUCACAGGACGCUUUGAUUAAAGCACAAUCCCUGCCUGACA